GGGGCGGGCCACUGGCGCCCGAGUGCGGCGGAGGGGAGGGAAGGAGGGAGGGAGCCAGCCAGGGGGGCAAGCGCUGGGGAGCAGCAUGGAGCCCUCCGCAGACAGACUAGCCACGGCCGCAGCCCGGGGCCGGGCCGACGAGGUGCGGGCGCUGCUCGAGGCCGGGGUGCAGCCCAACGCGCUGAACCGCCAGGGUCGGAGCCCGAUUCAGGUCAUGAUGAUGGGCAGCACCCGCGUGGCGGAGCUGCUGCUGCUCCACGGCGCCAAUCCCAACUGCGCGGACCCCAUCACUCUCACCCGACCUGUGCACGACGCGGCCCGGGAGGGCUUCCUGGACACGCUCCUCGUGUUGCACCGAGCCGGGGCGCAGCUGGACGUGCGCGAUGCCUGGGGCCGCCUGCCCGUGGACCUGGCUGAGGAGCGGGGCCACCGCGCUGUCGCCCGGUACCUGGGCGCAGCCGCGGGGGCCACCGAAGGUGGUAGCCACUCCCAUACGGAGGUUGCGGAAAGUCCUGCAGCCAGGACUUCAAGAAUGAUUGAGAUCUAAAGACACCUCAAAAUGGUCUGAUCUUCAAUCAACCAAAGUGAAUUACCCCACCCCACCCUUGCUGGCCUUAAUUGGCAUUUAUCAAAUAAAGCUUUUUAAACUGUAGACUGCUUCAGAUAAAUCUGCCUAAUUCGCCCCCUAAAUUUCCAUUUGUAUUUCCAUUUAUACAUUGUUA